UAAUCUUCAAGUUGGAGCAAGGAGAAGAACCAUGGAUACUAAAUGUCCCAAUUUGCAGUCAGAGCUGUCCAGUUCACAGAUCCUGGCUUCCCAUAAGUAAGCCUGUUCAUGGGUGGGAGAUAAGGGGAGUGCCUGGAACCAGGAAUUUUUCUUUGGAGAAGACCACACUUCAGAGCUUUGGACGGAGGCAGGAGAGGCACUUAAUAGAACAGACCUCAACCUUGUAGUCCUCGUGCACAUGCAGCAGGAAAUGGCCACGUUCCAGGAGUCACUCUCAUUUGAAGAUUUAUCUGUGGACUUCACACAAAAGGAAUGGCAGCUCUUGGAUUCCUUCCAGAAGAACCUGUACAGGGAUGUCAUGUUGGAAAACUAUAGCAGCCUCGUGUCACUAGGUUAUGAAGUUAUGAAACCAGAUAUCAUCUUCAAGUUGGAACAAGGAGAAGAGCCAUGGAUAGGAGAUGGAGAAAUUCCAAGUCCAGACAUUCCAGAAGAAGUCUUGCAAGUAGAUCAUUGCCUGACAUGGCACCCGGAUAAUCAUAACAAGCUUAAAAACGGGAAAAAAGGGCAUGAAUGUGAUGCAUUUUGGAAAAAAUUCAAUCUGAGCAUGAACUUUGUUCCAUUAAGGAAAUCAAACAGUGAAGGUGACUUAGAUGGACUGAUUUUGAAACAUCAUUUAGAUUUGCUUAUUCCAAAAACAGAUCAUGGAAAAAUGGAAUCAAAUGACUUCAGUGUCUUUGAUAAAUUCUUUCUCCAUACCAAACCUGAGGAUACUGAUCCUUGGUUAAAAUACUAUGAAGGUGAUACAUAUGAUAAAGAUAUCUAUAAAAAGUCACAGAUUGUCAUAUAUCACAGGACUCGUUUUGGGGAGAAACUCUAUGAAUGCAGUGAAUGUAGGAAACGCUUCAGUAGGAAGACAAGUCUCAUUAAACAUCAGAGCAGACAUCUAAGAGAAAUAGCUUAUGGCUGUGGUAACUGUGGGAAAACCUUUCCCCAGAAGUCACAGUUUAUGACACAUCACAGAACUCACACAGGAGAAAAACCAUAUGAUUGUAGCCAGUGUGGGAAAGCUUUCUCCCAGAAGUCACAACUCACAUCCCAUCAGAGGACACAUACAGGAGAAAAACCAUAUGAAUGUGGUGAAUGUGGAAAAGCCUUUUCCCGAAAGUCACAUCUCAUAUCACAUUGGAGGACACACACAGGAGAAAAACCCUAUGGAUGCAGUGAAUGUGGGAGAGCCUUUAGUGAAAAAUCAAAUCUUAUUAAUCAUCAGAGAAUUCAUACAGGAGAGAAACCUUUUGAGUGCAGGGAGUGUGGAAAAGCCUUCAGUAGGAAGUCACAACUUGUUACACAUCACAGAACUCAUACAGGAACAAAACCCUAUGGAUGUAGUGAUUGUAGAAAAGCCUUUUUUGAGAAAUCAGAGCUCAUUAGACAUCAGACAAUUCAUACUGGAGAGAAACCUUAUGAAUGCAGUGAAUGCAGGAAGGCAUUUAGAGAAAGGUCAAGUCUCAUUAAUCAUCAGAGGACCCAUACAGGGGAGAAGCCCCAUGGAUGCAUUCAGUGUGGGAAGGCCUUCUCCCAGAAGUCACACCUCAUAUCACAUCAGAUGACACACACAGGAGAAAAGCCUUUUGUGUGUAGUAAGUGUGGGAAAGCCUUCAGCAUGAAAUCCCAGCUUGUUAGACAUCAAAGAACUCAUACAGGAGAAAAGCCCUACGAAUGCAGUGAAUGUGGGAAAGCUUUCAGUGAGAAACUGAGUCUCACUAAUCAUCAGAGGAUUCAUACAGGAGAAAAACCCUAUGUAUGCAGUGAAUGUGGGAAAGCCUUUUGUCAGAAGUCACAUCUCAUAUCACAUCAGAGGACACAUACAGGAGAAAAACCCUAUGAAUGCACUGAAUGUGGGAAAGCCUUUGGAGAGAAGUCAAGUCUUGCAACUCAUCAGAGAACUCACACUGGAGAAAAACCCUAUGAAUGCAGGGACUGUGAAAAGGCUUUUUCUCAGAAGUCACAGCUGAAUACUCAUCAGAGGAUUCACACAGGAGAAAAACCCUAUGAAUGCAGUCUUUGUAGAAAAGCUUUCUUUGACAAGUCAGAGUUAAUUAGACAUCAGAGAACUCAUACAGGAGAAAAGCCUUAUCAAUGCAAUGAAUGUAGGAAAGCCUUUAGGGAGAAGUCAAGUCUCAUUAAUCAUCAGAGAAUACAUACAGGGGAGAAACCCUUUGCAUGCAGGGAAUGUGGCAAAUCCUUCUCUCGGAAGUCACACCUUAUACCACAUCAGAGGACACACACAGGUGAGAAACCGUAUGGAUGCAGUGAAUGCAGGAAAGCAUUUUCUCAGAAGUCACAGCUUGUUAAUCAUCAGAGAAUCCAUACAGGAGAGAAACCUUUUCAUUGUAAUGAGUGUGGGAAAGCCUUCUCACAGAAGUCACAACUCAUUAAUCAUCAGAGAACUCAUACUGGAGAGAAACCAUAUGUUUGUAAGGAAUGUGGCAAAAACUUCAGCCAGAUUUCAAACCUUGUGAAACAUCAAAUGAUACAUACUGGAAAGAAACCUCACGAGUGUAAGGACUGUAAUAAAACAUUCAGUUAUCUGUCAUUCCUUAUAGAACACCAGAGAACACAUACAGGGGAAAAACCCUAUGAAUGUACUGAGUGUGGAAAGGCCUUUAGCCGUGCCUCAAACCUCACUCGACAUCAGAGAAUUCACAUGGGUAAGAAACAAUAUAUUUGUAGGAAAUGUGGAAAAGCCUUUAGCAGUGGUUCAGAACUCAUUCGCCAUCAGAUCACACAUACUGGAGAGAAACCUUAUGAAUGUGUUGAAUGCGGGAAGGCAUUUCGCCGUUCCUCACACCUUACUCGACAUCAGAGCAUCCAUACAACCAAAACUCCCUAUGAAUGUAAUGAAUGUAGGAAAGCAUUCCGUUGCCACUCAUUCCUUAUUAAACACCAGAGAAUUCAUGCUGGAGAAAAGCUCUAUGAAUGUGAUGAAUGUGGUAAAGUUUUUACUUGGCAUGCGUCCCUUAUCCAACAUAUGAAAAUCCAUACUGGAGAGAAACCCUAUGCUUGUGCUGAAUGUGACAAAGCCUUCAGUCGAAGCUUUUCCCUCAUUCUACAUCAGAUAACUCAUAGUGGGGAGAAACCCUAUGUUUGUAAAGUGUGCAACAAAUCCUUCAGCUGGAGUUCCAACCUUGCUAAACAUCAGAGAACACACACUUUAGAAAACCCCUAUGAAUAUAAUUCAUUUAAUUACCACUCAUUUCUUAACGAACAUCAGUGAAUUCACACCAUAAAAUAUAAUGUACAGCUUUUGUUUGUUUGAAAUAAUGCCUUAUUUUCACUUCAGAGAACUCUUGGAAAGAAGCUUUAUAUGGAUAUGUUGAAUGUUGAAUGUGGCCUAUACCUGAUUAAACAUCUUGGGGGAAAUAAGCCAGAAAUAUUCGGGAAAGCCCUUAAUAGCCUCUUGUUCUUUUUGUAAUAUGUUAAGAUGAAAUCAGUAUUGAGAAGACUCUUCAUUUGGUAGGAUUUCCUUAGUCUACAUUUGUAAAUUCCUCCCAGGAAAGAGUACACAUCCAAUAGAUGUGGGAAAGCUUAUAGAGAUCAGCCCUCAUUCUGCAUCUGUCAGCUCUACCUUGGGCAGAAUGCAUAGGUAAGAAAUGUGCUUUAUAAAGAUGUCUGGACAUCAGAAAAUUCAUACUUAAACAAAGUGAUAUAAACCGUAAUUUGGGAAUGUCUUUACUUUGCAAUAUCUUAAAAUUUAAAUAUUGUUGUUGGAGAGAACAACUCUAUAAAUGAACAUGGGGCAACCUGCAAUAUUUCAAACUUGUGAAAUAUUCAAAAUAUUUCUUCCCCUGGAGAAUUAUACUGGGGGAAAAAUGCCACCAUAAUUACCAUAAUAAAGUCAGAGUUCUGAGGAAUCACAGUGGGCACAAUCAGUGUGGGAAAGGUUUUAUUUUAGGGGGAGGGAUUUUUUUUAAGUGAAUUCAGAAAAAAUUACAAAUAAAUCUCUUGGCUUACAAAAUAAAUCUUGUUUUGGCUGCUUUUCCCUUCACUAUGUAAUUUUGAAAAUGUACAACAAUAUUGACAUCAACAAUGAAGACUAAUGUGUGUGUAUAGAAAUACUUUAUAAACAAUAUAGCAGUAUUUUUAGGUAGCUUAUGGUUUUGACUUUGAGACAGUUUGGGUUUAAGGUUAUAUUAACUCAUUUAUUUUUGAAUAAGACCAU